AUGCAGUCCGAGACUGGACCACUACCGGAGACCAAGUCUCGUCGUCUACGCGGGAGCGGCAGCUCGGAGCGGAAACGUCAGCAGACCGCGCGGAGUGGUGUCAAGCGAGUUGCUCCAGUGCCCGCGCUGCGGAAAAACAAAGAUCUCGUGGGAGCGAGUCAGCAGCCAGAGCACGGGAGAGGUCUGCAAGGCGCCUGGGCGAUCCUGUGGUACCUGCACCGGGUACAAGAACGGCACGGCGGCGAGCUGAGCGACUAUUGCGGUUACGCCCAGUACUGCACGAGGCGACUGCGAAGCCUCCGCGUACGCUUGGCAUAUACCUGCUCACUCUCUCGUCGUUCGUCACAGUACGCACAAGCGCGUAUCGACGUAAACAUCAUUCGCGACUAUGCGGGUAACGAUCGGCGGUUCAUAGAGAUAGGCGUUUUGGAAGCGGAACGUGCCUGGGCACAAGCCAUGGAUGCGAAAGAGCAGCUGCUUGCCAUGGUGUCGCGUUUAGAUACCGCUGCUGACACCAAUCGCCCUAUUGCAACGGAGCUGCCGUCCUUGGUGGAUACCAAGCAGCGUCGAGCACAGCGACUUCGGCGCUACUAUCGACGUCGCCUUCGACGAGCAGCGCUGUUGGCUGAACGUCUUGCCUAUGCUGCUGUUGCUGCGCGAAGUCAGCUCUCGAGCUGGACACUGACGGAGCUCGUUGCAUAUGCUUGCUGGUUAUGGAGUCUCUUCUAUGGUGAGCGGCAUCGUCUGGGGCCGGGGGCACUCCACCGGAUCGGGACUGCAGCGCAACUGUAUCGGACGCUUUACGAUUGCAUGGCUGGUAUCGAGGCGACGCUUUCGGCGCCGUUGACCCAACGGAUCCAGCAGGUGUACCGACAACGCGCCCAGGAACUGGAAAGGACCGCACGAGCCUGCGAAACCAGAGUGGACAGCGAAAACGUGCCGCACCCACACGCCUGGCCUGAUAUCGCGCUGGUUCAGCGGCUCCAGGCACAGCUCCUGUCUACGAGAACGAAACUGGAAAACAUGCCGCCGGAACUCGUCCACGAAAGGUAUUCGAUAUCGACGCUGUCGGCAGGAGAGACGACAACACUACUGCCGAUGCCGACGCAAACAGUCGACUGGUGCGGGCACCAGGUACGCGUUCCGCACCUCACCCUGGCGUGGCUCGAAAGCGGCCGACCAGCGCAGCGCACCUUGACCGGGGACGGCACCUCCGGGUCCGCGUCCGUUGCCACGACCGGGGCGAUACCUACUUCGACAUCGAAGCAGCAGGCAGUCUCGCUUCUGGAGCUGUUGGCCAAGGCGGAGCAUUACGAAGCGAAACGGACACAAAAGGCGGUGCGCCUGCUCGAAAGUGUGCAACGGCACCUCGAGUCGCUGGUGGCGGAGCGUCCAACAGAUGACGAACUGCGACUCGUGACCGCAUUCUGGCGAUACCGAAAGGCGCUCUUGCUGCUGAAGAGAUGCUAUCGACGACAGCAAUAUGACAAGGCGCUCGUCUGGGUUCAGGAAAUCAGCGAUCUCUUUGGGAUCGAUGAGCAAUUGCUUGAGGCGACGCAGGUUGCUGCCGCUUUCCUGCAACUAGCCCAGAAGCAGCACCAAAUGGAACGCUGCUGGAGCGAAUGGGAAGCAAGUUCAAGUCAGCUGCAAGGCGAUACAGGCGCACAACAAGGCCUGGUUCAAGUUUACGGUCUCGCUGUGCAGCUACUGGGCCUGGUAGCCGAGCUGCGGGCGCGUGUUGCAGUGACUGCACCAGCGCCAUCACGUGAGCGACGCGAGCUGUUGAGCGCGGUCGCUCUCGAUGAUAACGCGCUUACCGAGACGGAUACGAAGGCUCGGGCGCUCAAAGUCCGGGCGAGUGUGUUCUAUUCGCUGGCGGAGGCAGGCAUCGCAGAGCGUCUCGAGCGCACAACGAUAGCGGAAAAACCGUUAUCAUCGCGAUGCUACCUGGAGGAACACCCGAUCGACUUGCUAACGCCAGAUGAGAUCGCCAGAAUGCCGCCAGCGUUCCGAGCGAUGGUAUGCAAACCAUUUGUGCUGGACUUGGCGUUCCAGCAGAUUAAGUAUCCAGAGCUUCCCGAGCGGCGAGAUGCUCGCCGCGGCCUCCUGAAUCGUCUCUUUGGGCGCUAA